GGACACACACGGCGACUAGUAGGUGGCGAGGCUGAGAAGCGGCGCUGUGUGUACACCGCUCUCUCUCUGUCUCUGUGCCCUGGCCCUGCCUCCCAAAGAUCUUAUAGCAAAGCUUUGCUAUAGGAUCUUUGCUGCCUCCCAUCCCCACCCCUGCACCUGAGCCUCCCCGAGCGGCAGAGCAGAGGAGAGGAGAACAGAAGAGAGGAGAGAGCGACCUGGAGCGAGGAGCCGGGAACCUGCGCUGCCGUUCCGCUCCAGAAACUCGAGCACAAAGUCUGCAGUGACACUACAGUGCCGUGCCGAGCGAGCACCUUGUUGGUGAAGUGCCGUCUUCACUUGGGGCCUUAAUCCUCAGCCCCAUCUCUUCCCAGCACGAGUCAAAGAGCAGGGGGAAGUCUGUUCCACUGUCAGCCUCGUGGCACCGGACGCCAGCAUGGUGCCCAGCAGCCUAGGGUUCGUCCUGCUCGUGGUGUGGGCAUUGGCCGGUCCUCGCUGUGCGGACGCACGGGCACUGACCCAGCGGGGAGACGCCGCAGGGGAAGUUUUCCUGGAUGAAAAUGAAGCCGCACUCUUCCUGGGCCGGAGGCUGCUCUACAAUAGUUGGGAUUUUGAGUUCAUCACUCCGGGGGAUAUUGAGCGUGAAUGUUACGAGGAGGUGUGCAACUUCGAGGAGGCACACGAGGUGUUCGAGAACAACGAGCAGGCGCUGGCGUUCUGGAACAAGUACAAGCAGAGCCAGCAGCCAGGAAGCCCCACUGCCCAUAGGUUUGAUGUGGCCGGACUGGUGGCCGGACUGAUUGGCGGCUUCAUCCUGUUAAUUCUGGCCGGGCUCCUCGUCGUCUACUUCUGCAAACGCAACGGCAAGCGCACAGACAGACCUCCGACCUACCGCGGGCAUGCCCAGGCCUUGAGCCGGCCGCCUGCCGAGGGGCCUGGGGAGGAGGUGCCCCUCGCCACUCUGGGUGACGAUGCACCAGCACUGCCCUCCUACGAGGAAGCUCUCCGGAGAGCGGGCCAUCACGACGCCUCGCCACCUCCCUACGCAAGUGGGUCUACGCGGGAGCAUCAGCCCAGCUGAAACAUGGACUUCCAUCCCGACUCCACUCCUGGUUUCCACAGAAUCCCAGUGGGAAGAGGCGAAGCUGGCCAGUGUUUCAAGCAUCACGGGACAUGAUGGGGGGGUGGGAUUGGGGGAGGUGGCGGGAGAUGCUGGAAUAAUGAGGCCCAGGACUAAUCCUGGACAAACUGCAGGGUGCAGCGAGCCCUCCCUCCCUCCCUCGCACACACUCUUGCCCCUCCGCUCUGUGAAUAUUCCUCACUUCAAGCUGAUCGUCCUGUGAUCUCUCUCCCUCUCUCUCUCUCUCCCCCCUCUCCCCUUUACCCAUGCUCUGCUGCAGUGUAGGCGGCACGGUGGUGCAGCGGGUAGAGCCGCUGCCUCACAGCGCCAGAGACCCGGGAUCGAUCCAGACCUCGAGUGCUGUCUGUGCGGAGUUUGCAAGCAUCUCCCUGCGACCUCGUGAGUUUCCAUCCGAGUGCUCCGGUUUCCUCCCGAAUCCCAAAGACGUACAGGUUUGUAGGUUCAUUGGCUUCUGCAAAUUGCCCCUAUGAUGUGGGAUAGAACUAGUGCACAGAUGUUCGUUGGUCGGCGCGGACUCGAUGGGCCAAAGGGCCUGUUUUCUCGUGGUAUAGAAACAUAGAAAAUUAGAAAUUAGUGCAGGAGUAGAGGCCAUUCGGCCCUUCGAGCCUGCACCGCCAUUCAAUAUGAUCAUGGCUGAUCAUCCAACUCAGUAUCCCGUACCUGCCUUCUCUCCAUACCCCCUGAUCCCCUUAGCCACAAGGGCCACAUCUAACUCCCUCUUAAAUAUAGCCAAUGAACUGUGGCCUCAACUACCCUCUGUGGCAGAGAGUUCCAGAGAUUCACCACUCUCUGUGUGAAAAAGUUCUUCUCAUCUCAGUCCUAAAGGAUUUCCCCCUUAUCCUUAAGCUGUGACCCCUUGUCCUGGACUUCCCCAACAUCGGGAACAAUCUUCCUGCAUCUAGCCUGUCCAACCCCUUAAGAAUUUUGUAAGUUUCUAAGCUAUCUCCCUCUUUAAGUUCAAUCAUGCUCCAGAAUACUCUGCCUGGAUUUAUUUCCAUGGGCUUCUAGUGUCCACUAGUGUGGCAGAAUGGUUCCUCACAUCCUCUCCCCCCCCCCCCCCCCCCCCCCCCCCCAUCCCCCACUGCUGGAUACAGGUGAGAGGGGGAGUCUCCGAGAAUUUGCAAUCAGGAUAUCUCUGUGAAUCUGUGCGUACUUACUCUCAAGAACGAGUCCACAUAAUUGUACCGUGAACUAUAAACACUCCGAGACUUCCAUCUUGUUGGUGGGAGUUUCCAUGGUUACCGGGCCUAGUCCGUGACUGCUCCGAUCCUGGGCCUGGCCUGAAUGAUGGGCAACAAGGCUUUUCUAAUUAACAACAACAAAAA